GCUUGUAAUUGAAGAGUUGACCAUUACAGAAUACAAAAGCGAAAGCAAAAGCAAAACUAGUUGUCCAAACACCAAGAAUAAUGGCAGCAACCCAAGUUGUAACUCUGCUUCUCUUACUCAUCUCCUUCUUCUCUCUUCUUCUUCAUCAUCGUCUUCCCCGUCCUCGCGAAGGAGAUCUAGAUCUCAAGGCCUGCAAGUUCGAUGCAAUAUACCAACUUGGUGAUUCUUUAUCAGACACUGGCAAUAUUAUCUAUGAAGAACCAACUUGUUUUUUCUCUAGGCUUCCCUACGGUGAGACUUUCUUCAACAGAUCAACAGGCCGGUGCUCCAACGGAUUGUUGAUGAUAGAUUACAUUGCACAAUCAGCUGGACUUCCCUUACUUAAUCCCUACUUAAGCAAUGAUUCAGUGUUCGCUAAAGAUCAAGGAGUUAACUUUGCAGUUGCUGGUUCUACUGCUUUGUCCCCUAAUGUUCUCGCUGAGAAGAAUAUAAUUUCCCUAGUAACCAACAGCUCUCUCAGUGUACAACUCCAUUGGAUGAGCACCCAUUUCAAUUCAUUAUGUCUCAAUGCUAAUGACUGUGCUGAGAAGCUUAAGAGGUCUUUGUUCAUGGUGGGAGAGAUAGGAGGGAACGAUUUCAACUAUGCUCUUCAGCAAGCCAAUAAAACCAUUCAGGAGGCCAUGGAAAUGGUUCCCCAAGUAGUCCAAGCUAUUAAAGAUGCUGUCCAAACAGUCAUUGGCUAUGGCGCUUUGAAAAUUGUUGUCCCUGGAAAUUUUCCAAUAGGGUGUUUUCCAGUUUACCUUACAGAUUUCCAAACCAAUGAUUCUUCUGCCUACGAUGAGUAUCACUGCCUAAAGGAAUUGAAUGAGUUUUCAAUUUAUCAAAAUGACCAUCUCAAAAUUGCCAUUGAAGAUUUGAAGCAAAAGCACCCUAAUGUUAGCAUUUUAUAUGGAGAUUACUAUAAUGCAUUCCAGUGGGUAUAUCGUCAUGCUUCUAACUUGGGUUUUGAUGCUUCAUCUCUGCAAAAAUCCUGCUGUGGCAUUGGAGGUGAAUAUAACUACAGCUCAGAUAAACUAUGCGGAGAUAGUAGAGUACCGGUCUGUUCUAACCCCCACCAACGAAUUAGCUGGGAUGGAGUUCAUCCCACUCAAAAGGCUUAUUACUAUAUGUCGUACUGGCUCAUCAAAGACCUCUUACCCCAACUUGGUUGUGGUGCUGUUUGAGUUUUUGUUCAACAAUCUUUGCUCUAAUGUUUUUCACAUUCUGUCACUUUUUAGCUAUGUUACCUUUCAAAGUCAGCUUUUUAGACCCAAAAAAUUAUGAAAUGCAUUUACUAUUCAACAUUAUGUAUAUUUUAUAUGUAUUUCCUAUAUGAUACUCAGAUGGUUACUUGUUUACAAAUUACAAGAUAACUUUCUUACUUUUCUGCUAGAAGGUUUGCCUCAAACAUUUCUCUAGACAUAUUCAGAUAUAUGAUCGAUGCUGGUAGGUGGUAAGCAGUUGUAAUGGAGAGUUGGAGACUAU